CACAAUCUCCCUCUUUAGUGUCUCUCUCUCCCUCUCUUAUUCUCCCCAGACUCCAUUGGAAGCCUGUAACAUAUAACAUAUUCUAUAGCAUCAAGCAACAAAAUUCUCUGGAGAUAACAAAGGUGUAUAAUUCGUUAAGGCUAAGGAGAAUUUUCAAAUUGUGUUUUGAAUCUGAACCAACUUAAUUGUGAAGAUUAAGUUGAAUAUUACAACAUGGCCUCUAAGCUUUUAGCGAAUUUGAUUGUUAUGGGGUCUGGAAUAAUGGCAAGGGCCGUUAUGCAAGCAUAUCGCCAGGCACUUACCAAUGCCAAUAAAUCUGGUGUUGCUCAAGAAACUAUGCAGAAUGUUGUUAAUAGAGUCAAAGGGUUAGCUGAACCAGAGGCAAGGCAGAUUCUAGGGGUCACCGAGAAGUCAUCAUGGGAGGAGGUUUUGCAGAAAUAUGAUACUUUGUUUGAAAGAAACGCAAAGACUGGAAGCUUUUAUCUGCAAUCAAAGGUUCACAGGGCUAAGGAGUGUUUACAAGCUCUGUACGAGACUAAAGGUCAGGCUACAGUAGGCUGAUUUUGAAGAGUGGUUGCUGCUGAAACAGUAUUUGAAAUUUAUUGUUUUUGUAAAAAGUUAAUAAUGUUGGUGUUAUCCUUCUACUGGAUUCACCAUCUCUGGGGAUUUAAAAAAAUCAUAUUGUACAAGAAUAAUAUUUCCAGUGGAGCCUUGUUAGAAUCUUGAGUUUCUUUUCGUAAGAUUCCUUCCGUAAGGGUUAGUUGUCAGAUCUGUCUUCUAAUCAGUUUGUCCUUUUUUGUGUGCUA